AAUAAAUAUGGCAUGGCAACUCUCUGUCACAGUGCUGACAACAUAGAAAAACGAAAAAAUUUGUGGCUGGCAACAACGAACCCUUUUGUUUUUCUUUCCGUUCUGUAAACUGAAACGUCAAGAUGGCUGAGGUUGAAGAAACUCUUAAGAAGAAGCGUACCUUCAAAAAAUACACCUACCGCGGUGUCGAUUUGGACCAAUUGUUGGAUAUGCCCAACAACCAAUUGGUUGAAUUGAUGCACAGCCGUGCCCGCAGACGUUUCUCCCGUGGCUUGAAACGCAAACCAAUGGCCUUGAUCAAGAAAUUGCGCAAAGCCAAGAAGGAAGCUCCCCCAAAUGAGAAGCCCGAAAUUGUCAAGACCCACUUGAGAAACAUGAUUGUUGUUCCCGAAAUGACCGGCUCCAUCAUUGGUGUCUACAACGGCAAAGAUUUCGGUCAAGUCGAAGUCAAGCCUGAAAUGAUUGGUCAUUACUUGGGUGAAUUCGUAUUGACCUACAAACCCGUUAAGCACGGUCGUCCCGGUAUUGGUGCCACCCACAGCUCCAGAUUCAUUCCAUUGAAGUAAAUGUUCUCUUUUCAUUUAUUGUCUUUGGGUGUUAAAACCAUCAACAUCAUCCACCUGCGUCAUCUCCUCUCAUAUGGAAGAGAAGUUUAUAGAAGAUAUCUUGUAAAUGUGCAUCAGCAGACCCAAUCGAAUGCAUAUUGUAUUUAUGUUUUUGGGUUUUGCCAAUUCUAAAAUGUGUUUUGAAUAAAAAAAAAGAAUCAUUCAAGUUUUACAUUACAACAGACCAACAA